UCUCCAACUCUCUCUCUCUCCCCCACCAAUUGUCACAUCCAUCCUCCUCCACCGUCCCGGUUCCGACGACCGUUGGAAUCCUACAUACGUCCCCGACAUUUCCCCGCCCUCGAUCGUCCCGAAGACACGAGGAGAACCGCACACAAUGAGCCACCAAAGAUAUCCGUCUCACGAUCCUUUAAAGGAACCACACUCGGUCUCCCUUAAAGUUCUCAGACUGUCCCGUCCCUCGCUCGUCAUCCAACACCCUGUCCGCCCGCCAUUGACCCCCACCAACCUCCCCGCCGACCCGACUCCUGCCUCCCUCGCCUACGACACGACCGCCUCCACGAAUCCCGCUCCCUUCCUCCUCUCGCCAAUACUCAACCUCCCCUUGAGCUUCGGCUCUGCCUACGUCGGCGAGGUCUUCAGCUGCACUCUCUGCGCGAACCACGAUGUCCCCGACCCCGCCACGGCGCCACUAGGUCCGGGAGGGCAACCCCUUGCCGGCGCCGCCCAUCCGAAGCGCAAAAGCAUCCGCGACGUCCGCAUCGAGGCAGAGAUGAAAACGCCCGGCGCGAACUCGAUUCAGAAACUCGAGCUCUCCCCACCGAACCCUUCCGACGAUACCAAGGGUACGGAUCUCGACCCGGGCGACACCCUGCAGCGCAUCGUGAACUUCGACUUGAAAGAAGAGGGAAACCACGUCCUUGCCGUGACGGUGAGCUACUACGAGGCGACCGAGACCUCGGGCAAGACGCGUACGUUCCGCAAACUGUACCAGUUCAUCUGCAAGUCCUCGCUCAUCGUCCGCACAAAGAUCGGCCCGCUCGCCCCGGCCGCGAGGCACGGCGGCCGGCGAUGGGCCCUGGAGGCGCAGCUCGAGAACUGCUCCGAGGACGUCAUUCAGCUGGAGAAGGUCGUGCUGGACCUUGCGGACGGGCUGGGGUAUACGGAUUGCAACUGGGAGGCUGCUGGUGGCGGCGGCAGCGACGGGGACGCGCGGCCGGUCCUGCAUCCGGGGGAGGUCGAGCAGGUGUGCUUCGUAGUAGAGGAGGCCGAAGGAUCUCCCCGAGCCCAGCAGGGCGAGGACGGCCGGAUCAUGUUCGGCAUUCUGGGCAUUGGGUGGAGAGGGGAAAUGGGGAAUAGGGGCUUUCUCUCCACGGGGAAGCUUGGUACGCGACACAUCGCCUGAACGCGACCUUGGGAGGAAGGCGCUUCAACGCCAACCCAGUUGAGGCGUCUUUCCCAGGGGCAGAGGAGCCCAGUGGUCAAACAGGUGGCAGUGACAUACCAGCGUCGAGAGAUCGUCCGACCGUUUGGAAAACACUCAUCGCCCUGCUCGAGCUGGAGAUCUUUCGACCAGCAGCCGAAGUUAGAUGCGCACGGCCAAGAUCUGACCUAACCAUCAGCGCCUCGGUUUGAUAGCGAAGCCUCCGAGAAAGGGGGGCAACCGCGCUCAGGAGAACCUGCUUAUGUGCUGUGCGGUUCGCAAAUAUCUCCAGCUAGGGGCUUAGUGUGUACCCUCCGAAUCCCAAGUCAGAACCGUAGCGCCGACGGCGAGCUCUUCAACUCGCGCUCAGAUGCGCCACUACUUCUUCACUCAAGUUGUCAUGCCAGUGAUCAAUACUAGAUCUCCGAAGUCCCCUCUCUGGCCACAGCUCCCAGCGGUGGCUGGGUUUGACAGCUUCAGAUCUCAGAAGUUCAUCUCAGAUCCAAAACUCUAAAAGAAGUCCUAAUACCGUAAACCGACAGACAUGUGCUCCGUGCCACCGCCGCCGCCGCAAGUUCCCGAGGAUCGUCCCCUAAUAUCUCGGCCC